UUACUUGCAGAUGCAAGUAUCCUUGCAGUAGAGAAUGCCCUCCGUGUCAAGAAGAUUGCCAGUGGCGUUGUAGCCACAGUCGUUGUCGAAAAAAGUGUGGCGUGCCUUGUCUAUCUUGCAAGAUGUUUUGCAAUUGGAAAUGCAGCCACCUGAUGUGUGAGAAGCUUUGUGGUGAAAUGUGUUCAAGAGAGCCAUGUGAUAAACCUUGUCCUAAGAAGCUACAGUGUAGCCACCCAUGUGUUGGGUUCUGUGGUGACCCUUGUCCUCCACUGUGUCGCAUCUGCAAUGUAGAUGAGCUUAAAGAGUUUGUGUUGUUGGGUUUUGAAGAAGAUCAUGAUGCAAGAUUUGUGUUGUUGGAGGACUGUGGUCACACUAUUGAAGUGCAAGGCUUGGAGGGCUGGCUGAAUCAGCAAACUGAUGAAAUUGGAAUGAAAACUUGCCCUAAAUGUCGAAAGCCCAUCUACAACAAUCAUCGCUAUCAAAACAUCAUACUUAAGACAUAUGAAAUUGUGAACGCUGUCAAGAACAAAUAUUACAAAGCUCAGUCAGAAAUAAUGAUGAAGGAUAUUGAAAUGGUCUUGCAAGAUCCAGAAAUUGCUGACUGCUUCGGGUCCCACGUCAGAAAAUUACACGAGAAACUAAGUAUCAGAACUUCAAUGAAACAUAACAGACAUAAUAAACAAAUCCUCAUCACUGAAGGAGAACUGGGACUUAUCCAGUUUCAAGCCCAAGUCCUUAAAAAGGCAACCAGUAUUCUGAAGUCUUUGUCUGAAAAGAGACUUGGUUCACCAAGUUCUCGCACUCUUCAUUUUGAUGGUUCACAUGAGGUGGCUAACCUUAAAAUUCAUUUAAAGUGCAAACUGGAGGUGGUUGUUGAACUUAUUAUGCAAAAAAGUUCUAUUAUUUCCCUUCAGAUGGUUGAUGAAGUAAGCUGUGAAAUGCAGCGUCUUAUGAUUCUUCCUUCUUACUGGAAUUUCCAAAAAAAAUUUAUCACAAAUAGUAUGAAAGUGUCAGGGAAAUCAAGGCAGAGUUGGAAAAAUUAAUGGAUCCUACAGUAAAAUUUGAUACAGACCUGGAAACCAAAGUUUGUGCUCUUCUGAAAGCAAGUGAACAAUAUUAUGGUGGUUUAGGAAUCAGCAAAAGUGAGAAGCUUAUGAUUUUGAAAAGUAUGGGGCUCAGGCAGGGGCACUGGUAUAAAUGCCAAAAUGGGCAUAUCUACUGCAUUACUGAGUGUGGAGGAGCCAUGGAGGAAGGAACAUGUCCUGACUGUGGUGCAAAGAUUGGAGGGAUAUCUCACAGGCUGAGGAGUGACAACUCUCUGGCUAGAGAGAUGGAUGGUGCUCGACAUGCAGCAUGGUCUGAGGGUAACAAUAUUGCUAACUUCAACCUUGCUGAUAUAUAAUUAUGUUAGCAACCCACUAAAUGACAGCAGGGUGGAGAAUGCAGAAACCUUUUUUAUUCCAUUGGACGGUCAUACAGACAAACUAACUGACAUUAGUACUAAUCCCAUAGAAUAAAAAAAAUGAAAACAUACCCACUCACUCAGCACCUGGACCAGAUUCAUGGAAUUCCUUAUUUAUAAAAAAAUAAAAGUGCAAAGCACCACAAGCACUCAGCAUUCUUUGGAGAAAGAGCCUAGAUCUAGGUGAAAUACCAGAGACCUUAAAGAGUAUAGACAUAGCUCUUUUGCAUAAAUGAAGUAGUAGAGUACUAGCUAAAAAAAAGUCUUCAAAAGAGUGAUGAGAUGUCAGAUUACAAACUUCAUGGAACAGCAUUAUCUCCAUAAUCCAAACCAGUACAAUUUUAGAACUGGACGAUCAUGUCUGGAGUUUACCUGGAGAGGGUUUCGGGGGUCAACGUCCCCGUGGCUUGGUCUGAGACCAGGCCUCAUGGUGGAUUAGGGUCUGAUCAACCAGGCUGUUACUGCUGGCCUCAUGCAAGCUGAUAUAUGAACCACAGCUCGGUUGGUCAGGUACUGACUUUAGGUGCCUGUAGAGUGCCUUCUUAAAGACAGCCAGGGGUCUAUUGGUAAUCCUCCUUAUGUAUGCUGAGAGACAGUUAAACAGUCUUGGGCCCCGGACACUUAUUGCGUUGUCUUUCAAUGUACUCGUGGCGCCAUUGCUUUUCUUCAAAGGAAUGUUGCAUCUCUUUCUGAGUCUUUUGCUUUCAUAGGGAGUGAUUUUCAUGUGCAGGUUUGGUACUAAUCCCUCCAGGACCUUCCAAGUAUAUAUUAUCAUGCAUCUCUCUCGCCUGCAUUCCAGGGAAUACAGAUCAAGGACCUUCAACCGUUCCCAGUAAUUUAGGUGCCUUAUCGUAUUCAUGUGUACCGUGAAAGUUCUUUGUACACUCUUCAGGUCUGCAAUGUUGCCAGCCUUCAAGGGGGCUGUUAGUGUACAGUAGUAUUCCAGCCUAGAGAGCACAAGCGAUUUGAAGAGAAUCAUGGGCUUGGCAUCCCUAGUUUUGAAGGUUCUCAUUAUCCAUCCUAUCAUUUUUCUAGCAGAUGAGGUAGAUACAUUGUUGUGAUCUUUGAAGGCGAGAUCCUCUGACAUUAUCACUCCCAGGUUCUUCACAUUACUUUUCUGCUUUGUUGUAUGGUUAGAAUUUGUUGUAUACCCUGAUACAUUUUUAAUUUUCUCAGGUUUCCAAUAUCUGUGUAGUUGAAAUUUCUCCUCGUUGAACUAACAAGUUUUGGAAGUCUGAACUCCUUUUACACCAGGUUUAUAUUCAUAGUCAUCAGUAACAGAAAAUGCAUUGUGCUUUAUACAGUUAAAUAAUUUUUAACUCAACUGAUACAUAAUUCUGAAGGGAAUAAUAUUUUUUGGUUAAGAAUUGCUUACCUGCUUUCUAUGAAUACAUAUCACUGCCUCUUAUAUUUAGCAGUGAACAUAUACACUAUUAACCCGUAAAUGGUCCAAGCAGAUCUACGUUCACAUGUGUAGUGCUACAAAAGUAGAUCUACAUUUUAUUUUUACAUAUUUUCAAAUGUAACAAAAAAAAAAAAAAGAUCAAAGUUUUUUUACACAUUUUCAAAUGUAAAAAAACAAAAAGAAGAUCUACUUUUUUUACAUACUUUCAAAUGUUGAAAAAACGUAUAUAUACGUUUGGACUGUUUAUGGGUUAAUAUUUUUUCUAUGUUAAUGAUUUUAUAAAAAAAAAAAUUGUAGUAUUGUGUUGAUAAAAUGUUAAUUAUAUAAGGCAUCAUUUUUAUCUUAGUCGCUAUUAAUUAGUUCAAGAAUUUUUAUGCAUAAUAGUAAUUAGCAAUAUGGACAUUAAGAUUUUUAUCAUUCAAUUUUAAAUAUAUAUAUUUAUAUCAGCACCAUAUUCAAUGGCUUACAUGUGUAAUGUGUAGUGCUACUUCACUAAUUUAUCUUGUCUAUAAAAAGAUAAAAGAUAAAGAAUUUAUUUCUUUGCAAAGGUAACAAUGUGUAAUUACAGUUUUGAUUUGCUAAGUACAAAAAAAGCCACUAUCAUGUUGGGGCAUUUCAGGCAGACUAAUCCUAAUACUUUAAAACUGCUUUAGUCUAGACAAGAUAAGAGUGGAUACCUUUUUAAUAAAUCUUUAUUUUAUCUUAAUACUAUUGCGAGGUAGUCAAAGGUGGAGGUUUAUAAGAAUAAUAAUCUUGAAGUUGCACAUUACAAAUAACAACAUUAUAAAUAAUGGUUUGAACAGUAUUAUUUUAUGGAUUAGCAUGUUUUAACCCUUUCAGGGUUUUGGACGUACUAGUAUGGGUUACGCACCAGGGUUUUUGACGUACUAGUACGCCUAAAUUCUAGCGCCCUCAAAUCUAGUGAGAGAAAGCUGGUAGGCCUACAUAUGAAAUAAUGGGUCUAUGUGGUCAGUGUGCACAGUAUAAAAAAAAUCCUGCAGCACACAGUGUGUAAUGAGAAAAAAAAAAAACUUUGACCGUGUUUUUGGAUUAAAACAGCGACUUUGCACUGUAUUUUCAUAUGGUAUUUAUUGUUGUAUUCUAGUUUUCCUGGUCUCAUUUUAUAGAAUGGAAGACAUAUUACAGAAAUUGAGAUGAUUUUGACUGGUUUUACAAUGAAAAGUACCUUGAAAUUGAGCUCGAACUAGCAGAAAUGUUCGAUUUUUACUAAAGUUUGAAAGUAAACAAAUCAUGCUAAGCGUCCAAUACACGUAAACUGGUGAGUCUAAUACUCUUUCACAAGUCCGCUGAUAUUAUUUAUACCAUUUCUACACUAAUGCAGUAGUCUGCAUAAUAGUAAAUCUUCUAUUUUUUGUGAGAAUAAAAAUUCAAAGUGGAAAGCAAAAGAAUGUAAGAAGGGCGUGGGGACGUGACUAAUGAACAGAGGAAAUGUUAUUUUAGUGCCAGGAAUAUCUUUCUUGUUUAUUCUGGACCCUCUUUGGAAAUUGGCAUCUUUUGAAAUUUGUGUGAAAUUGGCAAAAUUGCUAAAUUCUGACCACUGUAUUGGAUAGUUGAAAUUGGUAAAUGGGUGGUUUCUAGUACUCAUUCAAUAGAAAAAAAUGGAGUUCUAGUGAAAUAGUUAUGAUUUUUUGUCGAGUAGUACACUGGAAUUGGCUGAAAAUAGGGCUCAAAGUGGGCAAAAUCGCCGAUGCGUAACCAUUGUCGAGACCGCUAACUUCGCUAGAGCAUAAUUCUGUAAGUUUUCCAUCAACUUUCAUACUUUUGGUGUCAUUAUGAUCGGGAAAAGAUUCUCUAUCUUUUCAUAAGAAAAAAUAAUUUUUUUUUUCUUUUGAAAUUUGGGUGACCCUGAGAACAAGUUUCGGAGAGGGCCUGCUGACCCUGAAAGGGUUAAUAGACUAGAGGUCAUAUAAUAUUUGGGAUAGUUGCUUCAUACUGAAUAGAAGUUGUGUUGUUUAGUAUUAAGAGAUGAGAUGAUUUUUAAGAAUAACCUUAAACUUGUAUGCAGUCAGGAGAUCUUUUACAAGUGCAGGAAGUGAAUUCCAGAUCUUCGGGCCCUUUAUGUGAGACUGACAUGAGGGAUGCCGAAGAGUGCUCUGUGCAUUCUGUUGUAGCUAUCAAGAAGCUUAAGUGGAGGAUUUAUGUUGGAGUUUAAUGUUCUCUAAAUAUAGUGGGCACAAUAAUAUGAGUGUAAGUCUUGUAUAUUUAGUAGGUUCAAGCUUUUGAAAAGUGGUGGGGGUGUGCUGUCUGGCACAGGAGUUGGUGAUCAUCUGCACAGCAGCAUUUUGUUGAGUUAUUAAAGGUUUAAGGUGGUUGGCAGUGGUCGAUCCCCAGGCACAAAUACCAUAGGUGAGGUACCAGUUGAAGCAUUAAUGCCCAUUCUGUAAGAGCUAUUAUCAAAUAUGGUAUUGUACUGCUAACCCCAGUAUGGAUGAGGCUUGAACUCAUGGCAAGUAAGUGGUAAAACUCCAGGCCAAUGUGUAAGCCACUGCACUAGCUGGCUACAAUAAGAUUCAUCCAUCUAGCCCAACUUGUAGCACUUUGCUUAACAAUAAAUAUUCAGUUUCUUUGGCUUCUUUAAGAGCUUACAAAGAUGCCACUUCAGAUAUUUAAAAUAGGUUCUUUAUGAUGUUUACAUUAUGUUAGUAUGCCCAGAAGGUUUAUAUUAUUCCUUUUUAAGUCUCUAGCAUUAUAUAAAUAUCAUGAGAGUAGUUAGUAGAAAUAUGAAACCCAGUCAUUGUAUUUACACCACAUCAAAUUAUAUAUCCUGCAAUCCAAA